GCGGUACUUACGGUCAGACUCUUAAUCUGACGCAGUGCAUCCUGACGCUCAGCAUCCUUCAGGGCGCAGCAUCCCACAACGGCCUGGACCGGACCAGACAAGAGGACCCCACGUACUGUAGAGAUGUAGACAUCCACAUUAUAUCAGCUAAACGAAGGACCGACGACAUCUAGCAGCUAUUGUUUAUUCCACGGCUGUUAUCCGGAUCGCAGCGCGCCCAACCCUCAAAAUGGCUGAAAUCACUGAAAUAAGCGCAGUGUACGAUAUGUCCCCAGUGCUGGCGGGGUUUAUCGGUGCUGGUGUGUUGGUUGUUGCAGUCUUUGCGUUAAUCUUUGUGUGGACUUGGUGUCAGAAACAUUACAACAGGAGGAACUACAAGCUCCAUGGCAUCCAAUCGGAACACAGUGACCCUCUCACAGACCCGCCAUACAAGUUUAUUCACAUGCUGAAAGGAAUGAGCAUCUACCCUGACACGCUGACCAACAGCAAGAGGAUCAUUAGGGUGGCACGCCAGGCAAGGUCCCAGACCACUGAUGGGGCUCAAGGCAGCAAGGGCCGCCCAGUGGUGCUGGUAGAUAUGGAUUCGGCAGCAGAAAGCGGCCUGCUGGGAGAAAAACAAAUGCAGAUGAGGCUCGGGGAAAGUGGCCACGAGGUUCCCAGCUUGGAGAGGGAGCUUCCCGUGCGUGCGGAUUACUGCUGUCUGGACAGUAGCUCUGCAAGCAGCAGUCAGACCUCCAGUACUACAGUUUCCAGCACGGCUACACCCUUCACCCCUCCCGAUGAGCCCAGCAGGGGGGACCUCAGCAUUGCAAUCGACUAUAAUUUCCCCAAGAAGGCCUUGGUGGUCACCAUCCUGGAAGCUCGGGGGCUACCGGCAGUGGAAGGCCAGGUGGGCAGCGCAGACCCCUAUGUAAAGAUGACCAUUCUCCCAGAGAAGAAACAUCGUGUUAAGACUCGUGUUCUGAGGAAGACUCUGGAGCCUGCUUUCGAUGAGACCUUCACAUUUUAUGGUGUGCCGUACAGCUCCCUGUCGGAUCUCACUUUGCACUUCCUGGUGCUGAGCUUUGACCGGUUCUCACGAGACGAUGUGAUUGGGGAGGCGAUGGUUCCACUGGCAGGUGUGGACCCGAGUACAGGCCGGGUCCAUAUUACGCAACAGAUCACGAAGAGAAGUAUGCAGUGUGUAAGCCGUGGAGAGCUGCUGGUCUCUCUGUCCUAUCAACCUGUUUCUCACAGACUCAGCGUGGUGGUGUUAAAGGCAAAACACCUUCCAAAACUGGACAUCACUGGGCAAUCUGGAAAUCCAUAUGUGAAGUUAAACGUGUUCUAUGGCCACAAGCGCAUCGCCAAAAAGAAAACGCAUGUGAAGAAGAGCACGCUCAACCCCGUCUUUAAUGAAUCCUUCAUCUAUGAUGUACCGGCUGAGUUGCUGCCAGACAUCUCUAUCGAGUUCCUGGUCAUGGACUUCGACCGCACUACUAAAAACCAGGCCUUGGGACGGCUGGUGCUCGGCGCAAACAGCCCCUGCCCCUCGGGUGCCACCCACUGGCAGGAGGUCUGCCAAAACCCACGGCGCCAAAUCUCAAAGUGGCACACACUCAAUGAAUAUUAGAGCUUCACCACACUCUCUCCCUGCACACACUCAAACACAGGCACACAGGAAACGUUUAAUAACAAGAGACAGAGAGAGUUUGGGAAAAUAUGCCUUUGUUACCGUCACAUGGAAGGUAACUGAUCUUCAGGAGGACUUAAAAAAAAAGACUUAAGCCAACGUUUACAUCAUUGCUGAUGUGAUGAUGGGCCUCGGAAAUGAAUCUUUUAAAAAAAAAAAAAAAAAAGUACACGCUUACUUUCUCGCUCAGUUGCUCACACACACACACACACACGGCCAGAACAUAAACAUACAUGAUAAAUAAUAAACGAGACCAAAAUAUUGAAAGACUGUUAGGAGUUUAUGAGGUUUAGGAUUCUGUAAUUGUCAUAAUGAAACUUAUCGCAUGUCUUAACACUCCAUGUUUCACUCCAGAAGGGGACAUUAUGUGGAUUUGUGAUGCCGACACACAUUAAACAAGCUCUUUUUUUUAGGCAUCUGAUUUUUGGAACUUACAUCAAGGGGAGCUUGUGAUAAGUGGCUUCUGAUAUGUACUAAUUCUCCUCUGUAUGAGCAAUGCACCGAAGUGACGCAUAGGUUGUAUGAUCUAGGCUAAAGUAUGAUUUGUUCUGUUCCGCUUUGGCUGGAGAGAUUCCUGCUGUGUCACAUUCUCCACAGCUACAAGUUGAGUCAUGUGAUUGUACAACAAUAACCCCUUUGGCAGCACUCUGGGCCUGAUUUAUUGCUAGUGCAACAAUUUCAUCACGCACUUUGGAUAAAUCUGGCCCUGAAAACCUUAAUCUGCACUGCUAUGCUACAAACAAUCUCUGAAUGUCACUGUCUGUAUGAAUUUCAUACAUCAGAGCUUCAAUUCACCAUAAAACAGAGGUUCACUGUUUCGUAGACUUUACUAGCCCAUGUCAUCAGAUGCUCUUUUUUAAGGUGGAUUGGAUCCGCUGUCAUUUUAAAUCCUGUGUGAUAUAGAGAUAGACAAAGAGGUGUGUUCGUAGUUCAGAGCUGGAAAGCUUUGGCAUAUUAAGGGGGCAUUCUGAGCCCUCUGGUGUUAUGUUUGGGAAAUGGAAAGAUAUGUAGCGGUAUAUCAUUUGUAGUUCAUAAAGUCAAGAGGGAAUGUAUUCAUGUAAUUCUAUCAGUAACAACACGUCUUAGUCUAUUCUUCUAGCAUACCUCGUUCACCUCAGUUCCCCUUUUUGUCUUAUACCACUUUUCCACAUCUCUCUUUUAUGAUGAGAAUUGGUAUAGUCAUUUAUUUGAUUUAGAGUGGGCUUACCCUCAAGAUCUAGAUGGAUUGCAUGUGUGCCUGCUGAUAGCCUGGGCUUUUAUCUCUGAUUGGUGCUCCUCACAGUUAAUUUAACAAGCCGGAGGUCUAAAUCUGUCUGUGUUUCACAUGGAGGCAGAAUUAAGGUUGGGAAUCGAGAAUCAGAAAUGAUUCCAUUAGAGAAUUACUGGAACCAAAUGACGUUCGACUCCAUUAACAAUUCUCGCACAUGCAUUUUUUCGCUGAUGCAGACAAAACAUUGUAUUAAAAAACUGUUUCCUUUUUUCUCAGUUUCCUGCACAAUUUAUUCAGCAGUGCCACAAAACACUAUUGAAUCUACAGCGUUAAACAGAUAGCAAGCCCAGUGUAGUCCAAUUACAGAACAAAUUACUCACGAUCAAUUUAUUUUUAGUGAACUGAAACCAUACAGUGCAACCAGUGUAGUAUGAUUCCUGAACGAACGACUCUAAU